GCCUUAUAAAGAGGUGGUGGAUGUCAGCUCUGCCGAUGCCCACCGGACAGGAAUGGCCCCCAUAACCUUUAUGCGACAGGUCCUCGCCACAUGCCUUUAUCCUGAUCUCCUCCUUGAUGACACACUUCCAGUGGAUGUGCGACAGAGGGCAGAGAGGAUGCUGGAACACUGUGAUGGAGGCAGUGUUGGUGCAUACUCAGAAUCGUGUGGGCUGAAGAGUGUGCAGGUUAGCGUGGCCAAUUUCAUCUCCAGGAGAGAUGGGGGCCUGGCCUCUAACCCAAAGAAUAUCUUCAUCUCCACUGGGUCAUGUCGAGGACUAAUGAUCAUCCUGAAGCUACUUGUGUGGGGGAGUGGUCAAACCCAGCCUGCGGUCAUGAUCCCUGAACCACACCCUCACACUCUGCCGCGGCUCUUGGAAGACGCCGGACUAGCGGCACUCCCUUAUAAGCUACAGGUGAAGAGGGGCUGGACCUGGGAGAAGGACGAGCUCCAGCGGGUCAUCCAGCACUCCAGGGGGCGAUGCAACCCCAGAGCAAUUUACAUCUCAAACCCAGGAGAUCCUACAGGACACGUACAGGACAGGAACACCAUACAGGAUGUCAUACGGUUUGCAGCAGAGGAAAACCUCCUCUUACUGGUGGAUGAGGUUUACCAGGACUGUGUGUUUGGAAAGGACUGUAAGUUUCUGUCCUAUAAGAGAGUGCUCUUUGAGAUGGGUCCCAUCUACUCAGGCUCAGUGAAGAUGGCGUCUCUCAACUCCCUCUCCAACGGCACCCUGGGAGAGUGUGGCAUGAGAGCGGGGUAUAUGGAGCUGGUCAACUUUGAUGACGCUGUGCUGCCAUUCGUGGAAGUCUUGCUCACUGGGGACAUCAGCCCUCCUGUGAUUGGUCAGAUUGGGCUUGAUGUCAUGGCUAACCCACCGUGUCCUGGCGAGCCGUCUCAUAGCAGAUAUAUGCAGGAGUUGUUGUCUUAUAAGAAUACUCUAAGGCAAAAUGUCGAGAGGGGGCGGACCUUUCUCAGUUUGCUGCCAGGAGUCCAUUGCCCACCUGUGAUGGGAGGAGUCUACCUCUACAUACACCUCACAUUACCACAGGCCAUUGGGAGGAAUGCUGGGCCCCUGUACUGUGGAAGACUCUUGGAGGAGGAGGGUGUGUGUGUGGGGCUCAGUGAGUGUGUAUGUGACGACCACUCAGCCACAGGAAGCUGCUGGCACAUAAGAAUCUGUGCUCUCAUGCCACAGUAUAAGCUGGAAGACCUGCUGAGUCGUCUGGGAUCCUUUCACCUUCGCUUUCUACAACAGCCAGCGCAAACUCAGAUUGGAAUUCUGUAAACUGAGAAUGACACUGCCAUUUCACAAAUAUUUACUGUGCAAUUUCACAAAUAUCUACUGUAUUUGCUUUUGCCUCUAAUACGUAAUACCUAUUAACAAUUGUGUCCAUACGAAUAGACAUGACUGCUGAAAGAUUGAACCCAUUCCUGAAAGUGCUGCUGCUGUUCUGGUCAUUGCUCAAUGACAGGCUUCAUCCUUCUAGUCACCUAGAUCAGGGGUGUCCACCUCACAUCAGGCAGUGGGCUGGAUUUAUCGGAAUGAGACCUUGUGGGGGUCAUUGUCCUAAACAUACAGUAUUUCUAUCGCUAAUUCUAAGCAAAGGUGAUGUCUUGUGUUCUCCUUUAGAGCCAAGGUUAUUUUUGUUAUGGACGUAAAUUGAGAGUGGGGCUGUGUCAAUCAGUGUGCCUCCUACAUUAUUGCUUCACCUACAGUAGUGUUGCACAAUGCACUAAUAUUUGAAAGUUUUUGUGAUACCUUGAAAUGUACUUAAUUAACUUAUUUAGCUGUAUGUUCCUCCUUGUGUUUUCUUUAGUUUUACACAACUUUUCAAAAUCAGCUAGUGAACUACGAUGCUCUAUCGCAUGCACAGUAUUUCCACAGAUGCAACUAGCCGAUCCGGACGUUUGAACACAAAGCGGAAGAAAAUCAGUUUAUAAAAUGGGCGUGGCGGUAUGGUAUGAGAAAAAUGAC